CGGAAAAGCCUUCACUACCUAUGUGAUACUUUCGGUUAAGGUCUCAUUUCAGUUUUCAAAAUUCCCUCAAAAUUAUAACGUAAACUCUUUGACUGGGUUUUUAGGAUUUGUUAAACAAAAUGACUGACAAAAAGGCAUCAUCAUCCCGAGGCCGUAAUCCUGUUAUCCAGUUCAGCACCCCCAUUGGAACUCCCGAAACCAAGCGCAAAAUGCUUCUCUAUAAACGAUUAUUAAGUCGAGAUUUGGCCCGUGAUAGUAGAAAUACCCAGGUUAUUCUGCAAUCCAGAAAUCGAAGCCUCUGGGAACAGGAUCAGGGAAGGUUUCCAAAGUCGUGACAAGAAGCAAUACAAAGCGUUAUUUAGAGAAGAGUUUACGUUCAAGAAAAAGUACCCGUUCCGCUUUUUCUGUUUAUUUUGGCCUGCUUUAUAUAAUUUUAAAUAAAUAUGCAUUUAAAUA